AAGUGUCUUGGCAUUAAAUGUCACUUCCACUAAUAAGCAGUCGCAAAAUCAAUAAUAUUUUGAUAAUGCACUUCUUAUAAUUCGGUAAAAGGCAAAAAUUGCAUAAUGUGUUGAACGUUUAUACCUUUUUUUCAGUGAAUAUAAUCUUUUUAUUUUAUAACUCAUACAAGAACUGAGAUGUGUUGCAAUGCGAGCCGCCAGAACUGUUGCAUCGUUAUAGGAUUCCUGGCGAUUAUUGUAGGGUCCGCCGAUCUAGGAUACCGAACUCAUCUGAUAGUCACAUAUGGUGGGAAUCGUUGGCUAUUGGUGUCUGCGAUAGGCUGGUUAGUCAUAAUCAUGGCAGCAGUUUUACUGAUUGUAGGCGCAAUAAAGAAAAUCCCUACUCUUCUGGUUAUUUGGAUAAUAGUAGUACUGACUUGCGGAGUUAUUCAGAUUCUUGUAAGAAUUGUACUAUUCACUCCAGGCAAAAAAAUGUAUUCACAAGACGCGUACCAUAUUGUUGCUGGGGCCCUUAUAAUAAUUCUUAUACUCUUGGUAUUUUCUGCCGCGUACUACCCUUAUGCAUACAAACGUGAACUUGAAGAAGACGAAUACGAAUAAAUCAAAUUUUGAAAUCAAUAUGUCUUUCCUCAAACCACUUAUUAUUAUUAUACAUUUUAAAGCUCAGAUCUCUUGGGUCUUCUGCUUCAAGAACGGUGAGAUGUAUCUAUGGAAACCAAAGUGAUUUGGAAUUAAAUGUCAAAAUAUUCAGUUUAUACUAACAGCUGCUUAUAUGUAUAUACAUAUAUGCAUACAUAUAUAUAUAUAUUUAUUUUUCAAUUGCAAAAUUCAUAAUGGUGAAUAAUAAAAAUACUCCAUCGCAUUCGGUAGUUUUUGGAUUUUUAAAUUUUGGCUAUAUCAUCAAUUGAAC